AAAGCGCGAAAGCAGUUCGACAUUGUUCUUCUCGGCAAAUCCUCGGCCGACUUUGUAUCAGUUUCAGAAGUUUCUUCAGUGUCUCCCAAAGAUGAUGAAUGAUAUGAUAACGGCGGGGCAUUGGAAACUCUGAUUUCAAGGCUUUCCAAGAUGGAGCAGCAAUAUCUGCAUGGAAGAGGAGCUGAUGCAGUUUUACAUCUUCAGCCAAACUCCUCAAUUUCUAUUGCAUAUCACCCACUCUUUUGUCCACAUGAUGAUUUGGUCCUUCUCGAGGUUGAUGAAAAGCUUCUGGAAGAAGUCCUCCACCAACGAGUAAGCAUCAGAGGACAGCCGGAAGACGAUGCAGUCUUUUGCACAAAAUCAAGAACUUAUGGAAUCAAAUAUGUCGGCACAUCCAAUUCUGUACUUCUCAUACCUCCGUCUGGUCUAUCAGAAUACUACGAAAAUGAGCUAGAUAGCCAUCAGAAGGACGGCACCAAAGAAGUUGCCCAUGUGAUUAAAGUUGCUCCAGGUAUCAUGGAACUUCAUGAGAUUGCUCCCAGGAUUGAUAAGCUUAAAUUGCUUCUCUCAGAGGAACCUUACAGCUUAGCUGAUGAGUGGGAAAGCAAAGAGGUGGACAAACAUGAAAAGCGAAUGUAUAAUUGGGAUGAUCUUAUAAACAAGGUUCAAGCUAGCGAUGACGAGCUGAAAGCGGGAUUACAAGCACUUUCCGCGGUUGAGAUUGAUGGAUACUGGAGAGUUGUGGAUGAAAAAUACAUGGAAUCCAUGCUACAGAUGCUUUUGAAUAACACGAUUUUAAAUGACUGGUCUCCGGAUGCACUUGAUGAAGGUGUAAUCAUGAAAGUGAUGAAAAUGGAUGGUUUUCCUGAAAAACUUGUGCAGCAUUGUCUCCAUGUUUAUGGUGAUAAAUUGGAUGGAGAUGAGGGGAAAAGUUGUUUAUGGAGAUUAGACGAGAAACGGGUUUGUGUGCAUUUUGCAAGAGAAGUGUUGAGGGAAGGAAAGAUGAAGCUAGAGCAUUUCAUGGAUGAAUGGAGGCGGAAAAUCCCACUAGGAAUGCGUGCCAACUUCGACAUGUUGGAAGGUGAAGUUCUGACUGAAAGACUUGGUGUUGAGACAUGGGUUCGUGGUUUCAGAGUUUGUUCGUUGCCAUCGAAUCCUGCCGAGCGUUUCACCAUUUUGUUUAGAGAGCGACCAAAAUGGGAGUGGAAAGAUUUGCAGCCCUACAUCAGGGAUCUUACAGUUCCAGGCCUUUCAUCAGAAGGUUUGCUUCUGAAAUACACCCGACGAACUCAAUCGAACCCCGAGGCAGAAGCUGUGUUCAGUGCAAGAUAGAUUGAUGAUAUGAUAUGCCAUAACCAUACUUGCUCUAACUGACAGGUCUGUAUAUUGUUCAAUGUUUCACCUGGAUUAGGCUUAAUCAUAUUCAUGCAGUUCCAAUGAAGAAAUCCGCUCGGUGGCAAUCACGAUGAUGUUAUAUCAAGUAAGCUUAACUUUUGAGUUUUUGGGGGACUCCAUUACUCUCAGAACAUAUUCGAGUAUUCCACAUUCUUAGAAGUUUCUAUUUCUCACGACUUUACUUGAACAAAGUCUGUUCUUUAGGUUGUACAACUGUGUCAUUGAUUUCCAAGACGAUCGUAUUUCUCAGUUUCAGGCAUGAAACCUUGAGGAGAUGCACGUUUUUUCAUUGGUUUGCAGAAUUUGUAUAAUUCAGAUGGCUAAUGGUAGAUGAAAGUAAUGGAGGAUUGAACGCCCAAGGUUUCCUCUUUCUGCUUUUAGCUAGCUCUUGAUUUUUGAAUUUAAAUUAGCCUGUAAAUAGAGAAAUUCACCUUGGUAGCGCAA